AUGGACGAUCACGAUUGUCCAACCAUGCCCGGGUAUCUGCCAAUAGCCGAGGAACGAGACCAAGCCCCAGGGCAGCCCGGUUCCAUGAGCAAAUCCCUUGACCCGUCUUUCGUCUUCGCGGCCGCCCAUGGAUCCCUCGCGAUCGCAUCCUUUGCCACCCGAUUCGGCUUCAAUGUAGCUCAAAGAUCAGUCCAACUGGGUCUCGCGAUCCCUCAGACGAUUGUAUCGAACGUGCUUCCCAGCCAACUCAAGCCGGUCUCGACGGUCAUCCAAGCCAGCCUGAGUUUCGCCGAGUACUCCACUCUCACGGCCCUCCAACUGGCCGAAGGGAUCUCAACAGGCGGCUUAGAUUUGGCCGCCUAUUCGAUCACCGAGCUUGAUUCCCUGAUCAAAUCGUAUCAGCAACUACAGCCCUCCUUGCCUUCCCUCGAUGCACUCAGACUUGUCGUCGCCCUUCUCCGUCAACAGUGGGAGAAAAUCACGCCCCAUUCGUCCGAUCUGCCCCCUGGGAACAAAACCGAGCCCUUCCAGGUCUUUCAAGUUCUCCGAGCGCUCUCGACUUGGGCUCUAAUCCAACAACUCACGCAGCAUGUUGAAGAUGGUCAAUUAUCUUCGUAUUUAAUUCCCGUCCGGUCCUCCCCAUCAAAUCGCCAAGUCCCAGCUCAAAUCCAACCUGGAUUUGAAGAGGAUAGUGAUGAGGAUCCAGAGAUCGUCAAGCAAAAAUUCAAGCGAUAUAUCGACCUUUCUCUAAGUAGCUAUGGUGGCUUGGGUCACAUCCUCUUCAAUUCGAAAAAUCCGCCCUCGUCCGAAGACUCUCAAUCCAGCAAAGAUACGACUACGUACGAAAUAUGGAACCUUUUGAUGGGAAAACAUGAUCAUGAUUUACUUAGAGAACAUGGCGAACUGUUCGAAGAUACAUUUUUACCAGGAGCAGCAAACGAAGGCGGCCAACAGAUAGCAGAAACGUUCAAGGAUCUGUUACCAGCGGUGUCCAUCACGACAGACCCACUUGCUCAAGAAGGAAAAGAAAAUGGAGCUGGAAAUGGGAAGGAAGAUGAGAAGAACAAGGAAAUGACUGCUUUGAUAGAACAGAUCGGUUCGUUGGGUGCAGUACACGAAACAAAUGACGCGAAAGAAUGGAGUCUGGUCACCAAUCCGGACGACAAAGAGAUGAUGGAGCUGGAAAUGGCCAGUCAAGACUUAUUGCCCGAGCUCGAGAACAAUCCAUCUCCACAAGACUCUCUACCAGAUAGCACGAAAGAAGAAACACCCUCCAAGCCGGUCACUUCCAAUUGCCAACCCCCGCGAUACUUCAUCCUUAUCGAUAAGAUUCAUCAGACCGUCAUUGUUUGCUUGAGAGGUACUUUCUCCCUUAGCGAUGUCGCUACCGACCUCACUUGCGAUUAUGAAAACUUCGAUCCUGAGGCUUUUUGGGACUCGCCCUGCUGGGAAGAGGAAACUGGGGACGCUUGUGAGCUAUCAACAGAAAAGAAGACAUGUGGAAGCAAGAAAAAACAAACCUUUCGUGUGCACAAAGGAUUCUUAGAAGUAUCCAAGAGUUUAAUCGGAUAUCCGAUAACCCCAUCACCGUCGAUGGGCAAGACCCAGCAACCGACCAAAUUUAUGGCUUCCAUUCGUAGUGCCUUGAAGCAGCAAAACACGGACAACGACGGUGUUCGAACGUUCAAAAAAAUCGAAUUUGUCGGACAUUCUCUGGGCGCUGGUGUUGGCGUCAUGUUGAGCUUAAUGCUAGCUGAUCCUAGAACUGGACUCAGUACUAAACGAAGUGGCUUGCCUGAAGGUACAUCCAUCAGGACCUAUGCAAUUUGCCCACCGUGUACGGCAUCCAAAGGAUUAACAGAGUUGAGCAGCAAGAUGGUGAAGACCUUAAUCCACUCGAAUGAUUUGGUUCCCAGACUAUCUUUGAAUCAUGUCUUGAACCUGAAAACGCUAAUCAUCUGGAUCGACCACUUUGAGAACAAUCCUGCCGAGCUCCCUCUGAUGUCAACUCAAACAACCUCGGAUGGGAUCUGGAAAAAUUUAUUGCAAGUUUACACUAGGUUGAAGGUCUUCCAGUCCCAAAAUGGCGACAAUCAUCAGUCUGAUGCUUCGAAGAAAGUCUUGCUGGAAGAUGAGGUUUGGUUGAUUGAAAUGAGGAAUCUGCUAGAAUCAAAGAUCCAAAAAGAGCAUCAUGUGGAUGUUCUAUUGCCAGCGGGGAAGAUAUACUGGAUGGUCAAAGACGACCUAUUUAUAGUUCCUAAAAAUAAAGCCCAGGAUAUCUUCAACCGGAUCAAGUUCGAUAUCAACAUGGUCAAAGAUCAUUUGAUCCAUCAAGUCAAAACCAAAUUCGCUGAACACCUUUAA